GAUAUGCUGCAGCCCUCCUCCGGCGCCGACGGGGUCCUGCCGGGGUAGUGGUCCCGCCGUGCCUCUCCCAGCCCCGCCGUCUGCGGGGGCGGCGGCCGCGGAGGGAUGGAGCCGGCCGGCCCCUGCCAGGCGCUGCUGCUCCCCGCUAACGACUCUUACCACGGCCGAAACUGCAGCGCCGAGGAAGGAAUCUACCAAGAUGCCACCCCCCUGUCCUGGAAGAUCGUGCUCACCGUCGUCCUGGCGCUCGUCACCCUGGCCACGGUGCUCUCCAACGCUUUUGUCAUCGCCACGGUCUACCAGACGAGGAAACUCCACACGCCGGCCAACUAUCUCAUCGCCUCGCUGGCCGUGACCGACCUCCUCGUCUCCAUCCUCGUCAUGCCCAUCAGCACCAUGUACACUGUGACAGGCAAGUGGACUCUGGGCCAGAUCGUCUGCGAUAUCUGGCUGUCCUCGGACAUCACCUGUUGCACGGCGUCCAUCCUGCACCUCUGUGUCAUCGCCCUGGACCGCUACUGGGCGAUCACCGACGCCGUCGAGUACUCCACGAAACGGACUCCCAAGCGGGCAGCGGUCAUGAUCGCUCUAGUAUGGGUCUUCUCCAUCUGCAUCUCCAUGCCCCCUUUGUUUUGGCGGCAGGCGAAGGCCGAGAAAGUCUCUAACUGUGUGGUGAACACGGACCACGUCCUCUACACCGUGUACUCCACGGUGGGAGCCUUCUACUUCCCCACUCUGCUGCUGAUAGCUCUCUAUGGGAGGAUCUACGUGGAAGCCAGAUCGCGGAUUUUGAAGCAGACGCCAAAGAAAGCAGGUAAAAGGCUCACGCGGGCUCAGUUAAUCACAGACUCCCCGGGGUCGUCCUCCUCCGUCACGUCCAUAAACUCCAAGGCGCCCGAGGGAUCCAGCGAAACGAGCUCUCCCGUGUACAUGAACCAGGUGAAGGUGAAGGUCUCGGAUGCCCUGCUGGAAAAAAAGAAGCUCACGGCCGCUAGAGAGCGGAAAGCUACAAAGACUUUAGGGAUUAUUCUAGGAGCCUUCAUCGUCUGUUGGCUGCCCUUUUUCAUCAUCAGCCUGGUGUUGCCUAUUUGCAAGGACGCUUGCUGGUUCCACAUGGCCAUCUUUGACUUUUUCACGUGGCUUGGAUAUCUCAACUCCCUCAUCAACCCCGUCAUCUAUACUAUGUCUAACGAAGACUUCAAACAAGCUUUCCACAAACUCAUACGUUUCCGAUGCACAAGCUGAAAAUUUGGAAUGCGAUGUGUUCUCCGGGGCUGCCCCCAUUCACGCCAGUGCUCGACGCCACAGAAUCAAGUUGCUAUUGUAAAGACCCACUGCUUGAAACUUCCCCAAGCCCAGUUGCCAGACUCAUGAUGCUGCAAAAACGUCAAUACAUACUGCCACCAAACUGCUCAGCUCUGCAUUUCAGUGUAAUGACUCUGGCAGAGAUGCUGUUCCAAUAGUCACGCAGAUCAGUUGCAAAAAAAAAAAGAAAAAAAAAAAAAAAGAGGGCAGCCUCGAAUCAAGGUCUAUAAUUCAUCUGGACUGAAGAAAAAGUUUGAGAGUAAACUCCAUUUAUUUUGCAGGCUUAACUUCUUAAUUUGUUCUCUGGCCGGUUGUAGGGGUGUGCACAAGAGCACAGUUGUCUCUGUCUGUGUUGGUAGCAUAGUUGAACUUCUGCACACCUGUAAUUUCUUUCUUUCAGUGGAAAGAGUUGCUCCCUUCACUUACGAGGCCAAGAGGAGAAAAAAAAGCUGCGUUUAAAGUAGGAGCAUUGCAGUAAAUUCUGUAAAUGACUCCUUCAGCUGAACAUGUGUGAGAAGUGACAGUGUGCAAAAGUUGUAUUUGUAUUUCAAAACAAUAGCAAAUGCUGUAGAAACAAGAGCUGUAGACCUGUUCAACUGCACUGCAUAUCUAUAGUCUGUCUUCAUAGUUGCCUUUAUUAAGUAAAUACUUCUUGCUUCUACUCCAUAACUCUAGAGCAGAAAACAAGAAGUCCAAUGACCUUUUCCAUGAACCAGCUGGGAACAGAAGUAGCAGUUUGAUGUUGUAACCAUGUGUCCCAUUUUGUGUCAGUUGCACACCCUUACCGCAUGAACCACUGCGAAAUUUAGAAUUCUCUAAGUAAUUACGUUAUUGAGUGUAUUUUGUAAAGAAGUGAAGCAGUUUGCUCUUUCAGAAGAGCUAUAUCACCUGCAAAAAAAAUACCCAUGAAUCAUGAAUGAACUGAUGUUAGUGAAAUUACUCUCCUCCAUACUUCCCCCCUAUUUUUUUUUCUUUUUUUUUUUCCUCCUCCCCCAUGGUCAGACCUUAAGAUAAGUCUACACAUAUUCAGCAGUCAAAGUUUCAGGAUAUGGUCCACCUGCUGUGAUAGAACUGCAUUGAUUGUUUCUCCUAUGUGUAAAUGAAAAUGAGCAUAAACAAUAAAAUGCUUUACUGUGUUCUCAA